AUGCGAGGCUCGCGAAGGUCGCCAUCCGCCCCCGGCGCGUCGCGUCGAGGGCUAACAGAUGCGGAGGAGGCUGCAUCGAAGUAUGCCGGAAAACGGAGGAAAAUGACACAGAAGACGGCCGCGCGCCGCAAACCAGAGAAAAGCGAGACAGAAGCAGAGGCAGUGCGACACCAAGCCGGGGCGCGGCGGCGCUCGGGCAGGCUCCUCCUUCAGGAGCCUCAAGAGACAGCGAAUGCGAGCAGUUCGUCACUUGCAGAUCGAAAGGACGCCAAGAUGUCUCUGCAGAGGGCCGCAGUCGACUUUGAGCAAUUCCGCAAUCCAAGCAACGGAGACGCAAAACCGACGAGCCCGAACCUCGGCACCCCCUCGAGGGGACAGAGUGUACGUACACUCCAACACGCGAAGCAAGAGGCCUCACCGGCCACAGCAGCGAAGUCGCUUCCGUCUGGGGUCAAGAGAGAGGUUCGCGUGAAGAGCGAGUUCGCCAUCGACGCCACUGAGCGGCUCGCGAAGGCCGCCGCUGACGAGGCGAGUUCUGCGGCUCUCUCCACCAAAACGGAAGUGGCUAACGAGGCCCCUAGCGAAUCGAAACUGGCGCCCCUGGCAGCCUGCGCGGCUUCCACAGGGUUUUUCCUCUCCGGGGCGAAAGGUCGGCGCAAGAAGGUAGUCGGGUUGCGCGCCGCCAGUGCAGCCCCGCCCCGUGCCGGAGGGGGGGGGGAGCCAGGCGACAUCGAGGACCUUUCGCCGCAGAAGAAAGCGGAAAAAACGAAUCUAGAAAAGUUCGCUGCCCUUCCCGACUCCCCCCCUCCGCCGCACUUCAACGACAUCUGGACUGCUGUAACGGAAAUGCGCGCCAAGCGCGACGCCCCUGUGGACUCCAUGGGUGUCGAGGCGAUGGGCGCCCUGGCGCUACAGAACGGCGGCGGGGAGAAGGAAAAGCGGUUCAGUAUACUCGUUGCGGUCAUGCUUUCCAGUCAAACCAAAGACGAGCAAACUGCGGCGUGCAUGCAGCGCCUGCGCGACGCCGAUGUGCUGUCCCCGGAGAAGAUGAGUCGCCUCUCCGUAGAGGAGCUCACGCAGCUUCUGUACGGCGUCGGCUUCCACCGUAACAAGGCGCGGUUUCUGAAGGAGGCCUGCGAGACGAUUCUCGCCAAGCAUGGAGGCGACAUUCCCCCUACCUACGAGGAGCUUGUGCAGCUCCGAGGCGUCGGCCCGAAGAUGGCGAACAUCGCCGUGCACGCGGGCUGGGACCGACUCGAGGGAAUCGCCGUGGACGUCCACGUUCAUCGCAUCGCGAACAGGCUCAACUGGGUGAGGACCAAGACGCCGAUCGAGACGCAACACGCGGUUCAGAGGUUUCUCCCGAGAGAGCUCUGGGCGGAAAUAAAUCUCCUCUUUGUUGGCUUUGGCCAGCAGAUCUGUCGCCCUGUCAAGCCCCUGUGCCAUGAAUGCAAAGCGAGUCAGUGGUGCCCAGUUGGCCGCAAGGCGACGCGAGGCGCGAAGAACUUCGCGGAUGUUUCUGUGCGCAACGAAUCCGAGACAGCCACGCUCGCGGCCGACGCGGAAGCGGAGUAA